AUGAAAGUGUUCAUCGUAGUAUCAUCUUUGUUGGCUGUAGUUGCUGCUGCCCCACACGUGCUGACGUAUACUGCCAUUCCAGCCACUACAUAUAUUGCUGCGGCCCCAGCAGAAGUAACGAACCAAUUUCACGCCCAGGAUGAAUUAGGACAAUACUCAUAUGGAUAUAGCGGAGGACUGUCGGCAAAAACGGAAACCAAGUCUUUGGACGGUGUUACUCGUGGAUCGUAUACAUUCCUAGAUGCAGAAAACAAAGUGCAAACCGUUAGCUAUACCGCUGAUGACGUCAACGGUUUUCGUGCCGAAGCUAGCAAUAUGCCAGUAGCUCCAGUUGAAAGCCGCGCUGCCCCAGAACCAGUGCAGGAUACUCUUGAAGUCGCGCAAGCAAAGAACGAACAUUUGGCCGCAGUUGAAGAAAUUAAGGCACGUAAUGCCGCUGUAGAAAGCACCAACUCUGUUGAAACAGCCACUGUAGUGGAAGCCGCACCAGUUGCUGCAAUCGCACCAGUUUCAACCUACAACGCUGUCCCUGUUCAGGCUGUGGCUCUGGCAGCACCGGCAGCCAGAUUCUCCUAUUCUACGUCCACUGUCGCUCUGAAACCUCAGCCAAUUGCCGUGACCACCUACGCUGCUCCAAUUCCCGUCGCCGCGCCUGCUUCAUUUGCAUACUCAACAUACACCCAAAACAUCCCUACUGCAAUCCAAUAUAGUGCUGCUCCAGCUGCAAGCUAUGCCGUGAACCUCCAAGCUCCAGGCUAUGCUUAUGCCUAUAACGCUCCAACUUACUACACAACUGCCAACGUAGCUCCCGUAGUGCUAGAUGCUCGUGCUGCCCCGGUUGCUGUACCAGAACCAGUUCAGGAUACCCCGGAAGUUGCACAAGCCAAGGCCGAACAUCUUCAAGCCGUUGCCGAAGUAAAGGCUCGUAAUCUGCAGUAG